AUGGGCUUUUCAUUCCUUCCUCCCGAGAUUCACGCCCUUAUUGCCAAAAACUUGGAACCUUAUGAUCUUGGAUCCCUCGUUCGUACCUCAGCAGCUCUAAAAAGGGCCUACACAUUCUUUCUUUACGAAUAUGCUGCCUAUCCUUCUGAUGGUAGUUCUCCUCUCAUCUGGGCAUCACAGCGCUCUCAUAUCCCUCUCGCGUCUUACCUUCUUGCCCUUGGCCACUUUAUCAAUUGCCCCGAGGCCCAAACCCAGCGCACACCACUCGCAAUCGCAGCCUGUAAUGGUGGUUUGCAAAUGGUACGCUUUCUUGUCUCCCGCGGCGCCGCACUAAAUUGUACCGACAAUGCCGGCUAUACACCGCUUAUCUGGGCCGUUAUUGGCGGGCACAUGGCCAUCUGCCGGGUGUUGCUCAGCGCAGGUGCAGAUCCGAACCUCUAUCGCCUCAGCAACCAGUUCAUGUACCGGGCCAAACCGGCACUGCACUGGGCAGCUCUGGGCCGAGGAAGCGGGUCCUCUCCAGGUCUGGUUUCAUUGCUGCUGAAGUGGGGCGCCGACGUUAAUGUGGUGAAUGCGGAUGGGAGGACUGCGUUGAUUGAGGCGUUAACGGCACCGGGACAACAUGCGGCCGAGAUCUGUCAGCUGUUGGUUGCUGGUGGGGCGGAGGUUAAUUUUCGGUUGUUGGCGGCUACGGAGCCCUUUGACAGGAUUUUGGAGGUUGGCCAAACAGUUUUGUUUGCGGCUGCGGGGAAUCCGCAGUUGUAUAAGAUAAUGAUUGAUGGUGGAGCCGAUGCUGAGCUGGAGGAUGCUGAGGGUGAAACCGUAUUGGAGAAAGCGGUCAUAAGAGGAUUCAGCAGGCAUGUUCACACCAUCCUGAGUCAUGGAGCCAAGUUCAAUAUUGAGACAGCCCGAGGAAUCUCCUUGCUUAAAAUCGCGAUGACGAGGAACCAUCAAAUGGUUGAUCUGUUGGUCUGGUACGACAGUAGCACUUGA